GGCGCGAGGUGACAGCUGUGUGUGGUCGAUCAGUUGCAGAGGGACUCAGAAACGAGAGAAGGAAAGGGAGGGGGAUCAAUAAACACGCCUGUGGGAGCCACUUUCUCUGUUUCACUGUCUCUGGUGGGCUGUCUGCACGAGGCGAGCCCCCGUUCUUAGAACAUUUUCCGGUCCUCGAGCGCGUGAGGGUGCCGGUACGAAUCCCAUUAGAGCAUCUUGCUCACUGAAAAGUAAAAACCGGAAAUUUGGGUGGAAACCAUGACAACAGCAGAGACCGGAGACUGAGAGCAGAGUCGCAGUCAACAAACUGGCAGUAGACCGGUGAACUCUGAUGUGAGAGAAGGAGCUUUUUUAUUUUUACAAUACCAUUUUUAUUUCAAAGCUCUUUUUCUCUGUCAAGUAUGAAACCAUCGAAGAAGAGCGCGCAGCAGAAUAUCCUGAGAGUUCUAUGCGGAGUGAUGGUCAUGGCCUCCAGCGGUCACGGCGCAAGAGUUGUCAGUGGUCAGACGGUGUGUCAGGGAGGGGAGGAGCAUCCAUGCUAUAAGAUCGCCUACUUCCGGGAAAUGACCAGCCGGAUUGCAUUCAGCGAGGCCAGAAAGGCAUGUGAGAUGGACGGAGGGUCAUUGCUGAGUGUAGAGAGCGCUGCGGAGCAGAGACACAUAGAACACCUGCUACAGGAGCUUCGGACCUCCUCAACAGGAGCAGGGACGGAAACGGGGGAAGGAGCAGGUACCGGUAAUGGAGGAAUAGCAGACGGUGAUUUCUGGAUCGGGCUGAUGAGGACAGAAGGAGAACACACACAGGAAAACGGCGGCUUCGCCUCCUGUCCUGACCUCUACCUCUGGACCGAUGGGAGUGUGUCCCAAUUCAGGAACUGGUAUUUUGACGAGCCGUCGUGCGGAGGGGAGGCGUGUGUAGUGAUGUACCACCAGCCUACAGCGCUCCACGGGCUGGGCGGGGCCUACAUGUACCAGUGGAAUGAUGACAGGUGCAACAUGAAGCACAACUUCAUCUGCAAGUACGAACCAGAGAGCCGUCUGGGGAAGGAGCAGGGGGACAGGCCUGGAGCUCGUGACCCAGAUGUGGCGGUGGUGCAGGCAGAUGAGGUCAAACAAUCCGGACCAAGUGAGGACGACGCCCCACACGUAGUCAUAGCUGGAUCCUCAGGUAUGCUGCUUGUUUAUGUAAUCAUCCCCACCAUCCCUCUGCUGCUGCUCAUCCUGGUGGCUUCUGGGACUUGCUGUUUCCAGAUGUUUAGUAAGAGCAAACCACGGACCAAAACCAGUGUUAACCACCAAUCAACGCUCUGGAUCUCCAAGACACCCAAGACAGACAGCAUGGAAGUAUGAAUGGCAGGUUACAUCACAAACAAGAUAAACAGAUUAGGCAGAAGUAACUGAAUGUUACCUCUCUUUCCCUCAUACUAUCCUUGUUCCAAAUACAUCUUACUAUCCACCUCAACCAAUGACCUGCUCUCCUCUUCUGCAUUUCCUUUGUUCAAUUUGUUCAUGUCUCCACCGCUCUGUUUAGUUUUUCCUUAUUUCCUUUCUCCUCCCCUCCACCUGUCCUGUCCUCCUGUUAAUGUGUUCCUGCAAACAAAAAUGAAACGACUUAAUGGAUAAUUUGGCAAUCCUCGUACCUAUCUGAUAUCAAGGUAAACCUACUGCUGCUGAUAUCAAGGUAUACCUGCUGCUGUUGCCAGGGAGUUUCUGCUGGAAUCCCAGUGUCUGUACGCAUGUGUGAGUGUGAGCAUGCUACCUUGUGUGUACACUAAUGUGUGUGUGUGUUACACUAAUUGGUUCCAAACAGAGGAAGUAAUUAACUAUCAGUAAUUAAGGGUGGUGCCAGGGGGACCCUGAUAAAAAAAGGAAUUGAACCAUCCCCUGUGACCAGGAAUAGGGUCAGAGCCACUUAACACAUCACACAGAUUCACUCCUGAAGAGCAGCACACAGCGAGGUGUAAGAGAGGAGGGAGAGUGGGGAGAGGAGGGAGUGGGGGAAAAGAGGCACAUUUAAGGCAAAGUGAAUAAAAGAUAAGGAGGGAGUGGGGGAAAAGAGGCACAUUUAAGGCAAAGUGAAUAAAAGAUAAAAAGAGAGUGGGGAAAGGAGGGAGUGGGGGAAAAGAGGCACAUUUAAGGGAAAGUGAAUAAAAGAUAAAAAGAGAGCGGGGAGAG